AUGACUAUCUAUGUCUGCAUUAUAUCCUCGGAGCGUUACUUCAGUUACUGGGUGCAAACUACCAUUGAGCGCACGGAUGUGCACGUUUCGGAGAUUCCCUUUCCAGCUAUAAGCAUUUGUCCCACGAGUGUUGCCUAUGUGUCCAACCACAAUGACAGCCAGGAAGAUGAGCAGCAGCAACGCUUAAGAAAAAUCUAUAAUCUUGUGCAAAGCACGCUCUGGAGUCAAGCAGCGCCGGAGCAAGAGCAGCAGUUUAAGCGUGAAAUGUUGGAGCUUGCUGACUCUCACAAUCAAUCACUUUGGAAUAUAACAAGCAUCUUCGAGUUCAAUUGCCACGCCUUCUUUCAGCAGUGCAUUUGGCGACGCAAGUUCGUAAAUUGCUGCAGCAUAUUCAAGCCCUUGGGCAUGCGUGGCAGCUGCUAUGUAUUCAACUCACUGCGCGCUAAGCAACCGGAUCCCACUUGGCCCUGGUCAGCAGCCAGCUCUGGCUUCAAUAGUGCGCUUAAUGUGCGCGUCAAUCGCUAUAUAGCGGGCUAUAGACUGGACAACUUAGGCGUAAUUGUGCAAGAGCCUGAUCAGUAUCUGGGCACGACUGUUACCUAUGCCUCAGCGGAUCGCAUUGUGGUGCCAGUGCAUCCGCUGCGCUUUACGGCGGAGUCUGCAGUGCGCGCACGUCCCGUCGAAAUGCGGCGCUGCUACUUUAGUGAUGAGCUUUUCUUAAACGGACGCCUGCGCUCCGAGUGCAUCAACAAUUGCCAUAUGCGUUACAUAGCCGAGAAGUGCAAUUGCCGCUAUGAGUGGCCCAUGGCUGUAGACCAGCUGCAGACUCUAGAAUUCAAUGAAAGUAUUAAACAUCUCUGUUCGCUAAAAGAUUUGCCUUGCUUUAAGCAGCACAAACUUUCGCUAUUUUCGAUGAGCAACAUCAUAGAAGAGUCUAGCGACAAUAUAUUUAAUAUUACCGACUGUCACUGCUUUCCCAAUUGCGAUCAUAUACAGUAUCAUGCAUUUAUAUAUACGGAUCGAGAGUGCUUCUUGGAGACUGAGAAGAGCGUAAUAGAGAUUGAUGUUUAUUUUGAGGAGGAGACGCUCUUCUCCUAUCGCUCAACGCUGUAUAUAACGUUUGUCGAUCUCAUUUUUAUUGGGGACAAUGCCUCCACGGAGACUGUGCACAGUGCGAAGCAAACGGAUUUGGGUUUAUCUGCGGGCUAUCAGCGAGCUCAAAACACCCUAACAAUAUAG